AUGUCUCUCACGUAUUUAUCCUCAAAAUCUGUGCUCCAGUUUAUCGAUCCUAACCUGAGAAUCGAGUUACGCCAGAGAUGUCCGGGAGUCCGCUCCACCGAAAAGAGUAUUCCAAUGCGAAUCGAUGAAGUCCAGUUGACGCCGACAAUGAUCAGAAUCAAUAAGAAGACGUAUCGAUUGUGUCUGUAUGAGUGUUAUCGAGAGGAUUCUGAUUUAACAGUGGAUAAGAUGCCAGAAGGAAUUCGAAAUGUGAGAAAGAUGUCACGAGAAAGGGAUCAUGACGUAGAUCACUAUGGGAUCAGAGACCAACCAGAAGCAACCAUCAGAUUUGUUGAGAGAUUGAGACAAGAUUUGGAUAUUGAACAUUCGAAAGAUAUGUAUUACAAGGCAAAGCAAUUAUUAUCGAUUGAGACGAAUCCAGUGGAAAUGAAGGCGUUGGAAGAGAGAAUCAAUCAUUACGGAUCGAUUUAUUAUCCGUAUUUAUUGAGAGAGAAAGAGACGCCGAGAUAUCGAAUGCCUUAUUUUUAUUUUAUCAAACUAGUGAUUGCAGACGACAAAACAGAGGUUGUCCAGUACAGUAAGACACUUGGAGACGCAUUGAAGUACAUGGUAGGACAACUAUUCGGAACGGCUAGUUUAAUUACCAUCCGAGUCCUUGAAAUCAAUCCAACCGCCCCUUUUUACUACAGUAUCCCCUAUAAUCUAUCGGUUUGCAAUCUGAAAAUCACUCAGCAGAUAUCAAGAGCUCUCAACGCAUUCUCUUUCUCUGCUCCUCUCCAAAAACUGGAAAUCUUAGCACACCCACGUGAAAUUGUUGACUACAGUAACCCCACUCUAAGAGACGCGAGAAUUGUCGUUUCGACAGGAGUCGUGACAAGAUAA